AUGAUCCUCAACCUCAUCCCAUUACUAGUAGUAGCAGUUGCUGGCUAUUAUAUUUUCAUAAAAUUUAUAGCAGGAAAGUUAGAUUGUCCCGCUAACAAUCCUAACGUCCAAGGCUUAGAAAAAGAAGAAAUAAAAGCUGCGAUAAAAGAAGGCGAAACUAAGCAAAAGGAAUUAAAAGAUGAAAUUAAAGAGUUAGAUAAGGAGAGAAAGGAAAUCCUCUCCGGUUCAGAUUCCGAAAAGAAUGAGAAAGCCAAAGAGAAAUUAGAAAGUAAAGAAGAGAAGAUGAAAGAAUUACAAGAAAUAGAGACUAAUCUCCAAGAUUUAAAAACUGUUGACAAGGGAGGUUCUACCCCUAACAACCGUGCCUCAGAAGCCGGCAUCUCCCCCCGUGAAAUUUACGAAUACUCCCGUAAAAGUAAGCAAGAAAAGUUGGACUAUAUAAAAGAUAAAACCGAAGAAAAAGCUAAGGAACUCAAAGAAGAAAAUGAAAAGAUAAAAGAGGAAAUCAAGAAAUUAGAAAAGAGAUUAUUACAAGAAACUGAGGAAUGA